AUGUUUCAUGAAGCAAAAGGUUGGCAUGAUCAACCUAGGACACAGAGCCCAUUGAAGUUCAGGUUCAAGAGCCUGGAAGCCAAAGGUAUGAGACAAGAAACAGACAGCAAUGAGCCCAAACUGGAAGUGGAAGUGCUUGACAUAAGGGACCCACUCCCAAAUGCACACACUGCACCAUCCACUGAGCCUACCAACAACAACAGAUCAGAAAUUGUGGUCAAAGAGAUACUUGGAGAGGCACAAACAGCUAUUCUGAAUCUCACACCAACACUAAAGGAAGCACUCGCCAGCAAUGAUGCACAACAAUGGCAGGAAGCCAUAUGCAAGGAGCUGGAUGGGCUCGAAGCAAUGGGAACAUGGGAAAUUGUAGACAUACCACCAAAUGCCAACCUUGUCAACUCCAAGAUCAUCCUCUGGCUCAAACUAGACACUGACAGCAUACUGGUCAGGCACAAGGUGAAACUCGUUGCAUGA